AAACAAAGUAGGUGAACAGAAAAAAGCUAAUAAGAAAAUUGUUGUCCAAUAUUUUGAGGGAGUCCUUGUUAUACAUCCAACUUCCUUAGUGUUUGUAUUCUCCAUUCAACCUAAAAGAUGGCCAACAAGCUGGGCCUCUUGUUCAUUUACUCUGCAGCCUUCAUCAUUGGAGCAAUGUUCUUUGGUGUUGGAGCUGAACCAGCGGAAGAUAAACAAGCUUUGCUUGAUUUCCUUCACAACAUUAAUCACUCUCAUUAUCUCAACUGGGAUAAGAGCUCUUCUGUAUGCAAAAGCUGGAGAGGAGUAAUUUGCAACAUUGACCAAUCCAGAGUUAUAGCCCUCCAACUAUCCAAAGCUGGAUUGAGUGGUCCAAUCCCAGCCAACACUCUCAGUCUUCUCUCAGCACUCCAAACUGUGAAUCUUACAUCAAAUAACAUAACUGGUUCUUUCCCUUCUGAUUUCUCUCAGCUGAAAAAUUUGACCUAUCUCUACCUCCAAUUCAACAAAAUUUCUGGUCCAUUGCCAUCAGAUUUUUCAGUUUGGAAAAAUCUUACUGUUGCCAAUUUAUCCAACAAUUCUUUCAAUGGGAGCAUCCCAUUUUCAAUUUCAAAUUUGACUCAUCUCACUUCUUUAGUCCUAGCCAACAACUCUCUUUCAGGUGCGACUCCUGAUCUCAAUAUUCCUAGCCUGCAAGACCUGAAUUUGGCCAACAAUAACCUUAGUGGAGUUGUGCCUAAAUCUCUUCAGAGAUUUCCAAGUUGGGUCUUUUCUGGUAACAAUCUUAUAACUGCAUAUGCACUUCCUCCUACUUCUCAACCACCAAAUCAUCAUCGUACAAGACAAAGAGCCAAAAGACUCAGAGAACCAGCAUUACUGGGAAUCAUCAUUGGUGGUUGUGUGCUAGCAUUUACAGCGAUAGCAGCUUUUGUAAUUGUGUGCCGGUACGAGAAACACAGUGGUGAAAAUGGACAAGUGAAGUAUCAGAAAAGAGAAGUCUCUACGAAAAAUGAAGCUUCUGAAAGUCGAGACAAAAACAAAAUAGUCUUCUUUGAGGGUUGCAAUCUUGCAUUUGACUUGGAGGACCUGUUGAGAGCAUCUGCUGAGGUACUUGGAAAGGGAACAUUUGGCACAGUAUAUAAGGCUGCUAUAGAAGAUGCAACCACGGUGGCAGUGAAGAGGUUGAAGGAUGUUACGGUUGGAAAACGCGAGUUUGAGCAGCAGAUGGAGAUUGUAGGGAGGAUAAGGCAUCACAAUGUGGCUGCACUAAGAGCAUAUUACUAUUCAAAGGAGGAGAAACUCAUGGUAUAUGAUUACUACGAACAGGGAAGUGUCUCAGCAAUGUUGCAUGGCAGAAGAGGGGAAGGUAGAAUUUCUUUAGACUGGGAUAGCCGAUUGAAAAUAGCAAUUGGUGCAGCAAGAGGCAUUGCUCACCUCCAUGCUCAACAUGGAGGGAAACUCAUUCAUGGAAACAUAAAAUCCUCAAACAUUUUCCUCAACCAUCAAGGAUAUGGUUGUGUAUGUGACAUUGGUCUUGCCACAUUGAUGAGUCAAACACCUCCACCAGCAUUGAGGGCUGCAGGAUACCGUGCGCUGGAAGUAACCGACAUGCGAAAAGCAACGCCUGCAUCCGAUGUAUACAGUUUUGGGGUCUUGCUACUUGAACUUCUAACUGGAAGAUCUCCAUUUUAUGCCAAAGGAGGUGAAGAGGUUGUUCACUUGGUUAGAUGGGUGAAUUCUGUGGUUAGAGAGGAGUGGACUGCAGAGGUGUUUGAUGUUGAGUUACUAAGGUAUCCUAAUAUAGAGGAAGAAAUGGUUGAAAUGCUACAAAUAGGAAUGGCAUGUGUUGUUAGAACACCAGAUAAGAGGCCCAAAAUGGUUGAGGUGGUGAGAAUGGUGGAGGAAAUUCGUAGAGUAAAUGCUGAAAACCGAUCAUCCACUGAAUCUAGAUCAGAAGGUUCUACUCCUACCCCUCCUGCAAUUGGGACACCUUCUACUUCUUUUCCACUAUGA